AUGGCUCAUUGUUAUUUAUUAUUCAUGUAUCAAUUUAUCGUCAUAACAUGGACUAUAUUUCUGAAAUUAGAUCAAAUAAAUUCGACUCUAAACACAAAACGGAUUAUGAACAAAUCUCAUCCUCGUUAUUAUAGCCGUAUUGUCAAUCGAUUUCUAUGGUUACAUGGCCAUAAUUUUGAUCAAGUUAAUCGAUUAACAUGUUAUGAAUCGGAUCUUUUUUCAUCAUAUUUAAUAGCAAAUUUUCCAAUGAAUCUAUUGCUCAUUAUCACCACAUAUUUUUUCGAUAACAAUAAUCAAUUUUAUCUUUGGAAAUUUUUGCUUCUGGUCAUUUUACAACAAACGGUCAUUUUUUUUGUCAUCCAUUUAAUUUGUUCCCUAUAUACGAUCAAGAUUCAUAAAUGUUCACAUAAAAUUAUUUAUUAUUCUGUUCAUUUUCCACUACGACCAUUAUCAUUACAUAUUCAUACUAGUUUAUAUAUUGAAAAAAUUCAUACGUUAAAUCAAUAUGGAAUUAUAUUUGGUCGUGCCACAUUGAUCAGUAUGAUGUCAUUUCUCAAGUUUUUCUUUUUUUAUCUACAAAGUUUAAUGCUUAUGUAUAAUCUGCUCAAAAACUAGAUUUCAUCCAUCCAAAUACUAAUAAUCCAUAAU